AACGCUGACAAAGGCAAAACUAUGCCUCAAGCUACCCAUCGAAGGCCCGUGCGGACCAGUAUAUGUCUCUUGGUACUAUGAUUACGGCAGCCACCAAUGCAAAAUGUUCAACCGUACCAUUUGCGGCGGCGGCGCCAACGAUUUUGUGACAGAAGAGAGGUGCCAGGCCAUUUGCCUACGAAAGCACAGACCAUUGUGCAGCUUGCAGCCAAAGCCUGGAAAGUGCCUGGUUGUCAAACUACGCUGGUACUUUGACGACUCCAGUAACAGCUGUCGCGAAUUCGCAAAUGAUCGUUGUGGCACAAAUGACAAUGCAUUUGUAUCGAUGCGAAAAUGUAUGGAAAGAUGCAGCUAUAUGAAAGCUGCGACGGGAUCCAUAACUAUCCAGCACACUACACAGAAUCAGCGGCCAACACAGAAUAAAACUGGCGAAUCUGGCCUCGCAAACCUCAUACUUACUUCAUGAUUCGUAAGCUUGGAAAGCUUGUGCGAAUCAGAAAACUUGUCUGGAAGAACCGGAUUCUUAGAAUGUAUGACUGCAAGACUGUCCCCAAUAUAAAAAGCUUUCAUUUUAAAGACUUACCUCAUGAAAAA